GUGGCAGUUCUCAUCCCCUUCCGUAACCGCCAUGAACAUCUUCCAAUUUUUUUCCUGCACCUGAUCCCGAUGCUCCAGAAACAGCGGCUGGAAUUUGCCUUUUAUGUCAUUGAACAGACCGGCACACAACCGUUCAAUCGCGCGAUGCUGUUUAACGUGGGUUUCAAAGAGGCCAUGAAAGACAACGCCUGGGACUGUGUGAUCUUCCACGAUGUGGAUCAUUUGCCUGAGAACGACCGGAACUAUUACGGAUGUGGGGAGAUGCCGCGGCACUUUGCAGCAAAGCUAGACAAGUACAUGUACAUUCUUCCCUAUAAGGAAUUCUUCGGUGGUGUGAGUGGCCUGACGGUGGAGCAGUUCAGGAAGAUCAACGGCUUUCCCAAUGCCUUCUGGGGAUGGGGCGGGGAGGACGAUGACCUUUGGAACAGGGUCCACUUCGCCGGAUACAACGUAACCCGGCCAGAGGGGGACUUGGGGAAAUACACAUCUAUUCCUCACCACCAUCGAGGGGAAGUCCAGUUUUUAGGACGGUAUAAAUUACUACGGUAUUCUAAGGAGCGUCAGUAUAUCGAUGGAUUGAACAAUUUAUUAUACACGCCCAAAAUACUGGUUGAUAGGCUGUAUACAAAUAUAUCUGUGAACCUCAUGCCGGAGUUAGCUCCAAUUGAAGACUAUUGAAAGAAGUUACUCUCGUGACGGGGUAGAGCACAGUGCUGGACCGUGAACUUGGCUUGAAGUAUAUCAGUGUCCCUGUCUGUGAGAAGAGCCAGCAGUCCGUAAUGUUUACAGCGUGGGACUCCAUCUAUGACCCUCCCCCACUCCCCCUGCCGGGGGCAUCCUCCAUGGCAAGCGAUGGACAGACUAGAACCCAGAGCCUGGGAUCCGAAGUGAAGAGAGCUCCCUACAAAGAGAAGAUUUUUAUACCAAAAUCUAUAAUUUAAUUCAAGAGAAUGCUUUUAUUUCCGUUCAAACAUAUUUUGUACAUAUGUGAUGUAAAUUAAAUGUGUUCAAAAUUGUUGAAGAAUAAGAUGUCACAGUUUUGCAUGUAAUUGGUAAUGCCUUCAUUGGACUUUUAUAGACAUUUUUUUUAUUUGCAUGGAGAAAAAAAAACUAUGUAAAUUUACGUCGCCAAACAAAGAUUAAGCCUUGUAAGAAAUGAAGGGACUGUCAGCGACAGACAAAGAUAAUACAGUCACUUGUUCUUCUGGUGUUCAGCUUUAGACACUCUGCCUCUUGGGAAGAGGCACAGCCUUCCAGGGGCUUUGAAGGAACGAGGGAAGAACAGCUUUUCUUCCUGCCAGGAUUACCUAUUUUGUUUGUUUGUUUUUUUCCUUGCUUGCAAUCUCAUCAGAUUUUUGCCAAGUCAACAGCCAUAUUGUUUAUGCAUGAGUACUACCAAGAAAAUCUUCAGAGUUAUAAAGUGACAUGCUGUACAGGACCUCUUCAUGUUAAAUGUCUCUAUGUACCUCCACUGUGUCAGGGAUCUUGUGCCUCAAAAAAAAAAAAAUGUUCCCAAGGUUGUGUUUAUAGACCCUGUUUUUUUUUUUUUUUUUUUUUCAAUCUCAGAGUGGACAGCAUUAUUAUUUCCAGUUAAUAUGAACCAAAAGAAAAUAUCUUCUUUUAAAAGCAUUUUUUAAAAGAAUGAACGUAUGGAAAAAUCCAGUAGUGCUUAUACAGAUGAAUUAUACUAGUAGGUGAGAAAUUAGAUGCUCUAUUUUUAUGAAGAUAAAUGCUUAGAUUAAAACAAACUUUAACUUUAAUUCUCAGAUGUACACAGCUCCCCUUUCACAUCAGCCAGUCAGUCCAACUCCCUUUUUCCAAUUUCAAGAAAUCUCUGGUGUUAUUAAAAUGUUUUCCCUAAAAGUAUAAUUUGACAGAUUGCCCCCCUCCUUUUCUGUGGUGCUGGGGAUUGAACCUACCGCCUAGAGACUUUAAAAUCAGUUAAUUGAAUGUGUGGACACGUUGGCUUCAAAAUAGGUCUUACUGCCUAAUGCUGAGUCUAAUCAUGAUCAAUCUGGAUGAGGUUUUCUGUGACAAAACAACAAAGCCCAAACAGUAUUCUUACUUUGAAAAUUAUCAAUUAUAAAGAUUCUUGAAAAAUA